ACCUCAUUUCUGUUAUUUGCAGAACGACUUCAAGACACAGCUGACGAAUGCGGGCGAUAAGCUGGUCGUUGUGGACUUCUUUGCCACCUGGUGUGGACCCUGCAAGAUGAUUGCGCCCAAGCUGGAGGAGCUGGCGCAGCAGUUUUCCGAAAAGAUUGUUGUGAUCAAGGUUGAUGUUGAUGAGUGCGAAGACAUUGCCAUGGAAUACAACGUAUCCAGCAUGCCCACGUUCCUGUUCAUCAAGAACUCCGUCAAGGUGGAGGAGUUCGCGGGCGCCAAUGCCACCCGAUUGACCGAGACCAUUCAGAAGCUCAUCUAAGAGCAAUUGCAAUAGAAGUUAAACCUCAAUGCCUCUUAAAAUUCUUCUUUUUGUUUCUUUGUAAAAAUGGAUUGUCGUCGUCAAGCAGCAGCAACAGCAGCCGUCAGAAAAGACAAUUCGCUAAGUUCUCUUAGUACCAUUUAGUUAAUUAUGUAUUCCAUAAGUUUGCUAUGUUUGCGACACCCACUCACACAUACUUAUACACAUUCACACACAGUUGAUCGAACUAAUUCUAGCACUCUGAUUGGCUCAGAUUAAAUGUAAUUGUAAAUCAAUUGUAAUUCACAUAUUAUUGUUUGGCGUGUCCCGCAAUCUGCAGCGCAGCAUCAAAAAACAAUUCAAAAUACAAAAGUGGCUUUAAAUGUAACAUAAAAGAAAGAAAAAAGAAUAAAAAAAUUGUGAAAAUUAUUUGCUUUAAUUAACUAAACUAAUUAAGACGAGUUCGUUUUUGUACCGCAAUUGCAUUGUAAAACAUUUCACAAGAAACAGCAAACAGAAAA